GCCCAUCCAGGGCCCGCCCCGGCCCAACCCCGCCUCCACCUGGACAGGUUCUUGACAGGCUAAGGGGCGAUGCGGGGCAGACGGCGCUCUCGAGGGGACGAACCCAGCGUUCCCAAGGAAUCUUAGGCAUCCCCACCCCAAGAUUACGGUGCCUCCACGUGGUUCGCGGGACCCUCGACCACCGCUCUGCCUGCAUCACAAUGGCAUGUGACGUCGCUCCUCACCGUAUAAAAUAAUCCUUCGGGGAUUGUGGGGCUGUGGGGCCUCCAAAGGUCAGCUUGGCCCUGUUACCCCCAUAAGAUGGCCUCACCCCUUCGGGGAAAGCCCUCUCCGGCCCGGGCGGAAUCCAUCCGCUCCGAGGAGACGGCGACGGUCAGCGUGGAGACCUCGUCCCACCGCGUGGAGACAUCCUACCGUCACGUGAGGACAUCUUCCCGGCAGGUGGAGACCACCCAGCGCAGCAGCGAGGGACCCUCCGUCUCCUCCUCUGGGAAGCGGCUCCCUCGAGUCCUCGAGGUGUCCUCCCAGCACGUGGAAACCGCCUCGCAGCUCACAGAGACGGCUUCCCGCCACGUCAGGGCCUCGUCCCUGCGGGUGGAGACGUCUGUGCACCGCGUGGAGAGCACGCCGCGGCGGGAGAAGCCAGCCGCCCGCCAUAACAUCCAAAAGGCCCGAUGAAAUGCUGCCUUCCUCGGGGCCACGAGGGGGCCAUGGCCCUUGGCCAGGGCAGAAUCGCCUCCAGUUCGCAGCCUGCCUGCUGCCAGGUGGACCGAUCAUCUUUGGUUUCCUGGAAAGAGUCCACAAAUCAAUUUAAGAAAGAGCCAAGCUGCGGUUUCGGGAUUUAGCCAACAUUCAUUGACCCUCCUGCACCUUGGACCAAAGGCAAGCCUUUGACCCAGUGAACUAUUUUAAUUUGAAGCCAGCAUAAAAAGUUUUUAGGCUCUAGAUACUGUAUGUGUUAAGCUGAUGGAAAAGAGACUGUUUGAGCCUCCAAGGCAGACUGACCUUCCCACUGACUGAGAAACUAGACCUCCAAUAAGUGAAUUCAUCCCUCUGGGCCUCACUGCCCCCACUGAAAAUGAGAUGUUUGGACCAAUCUUUGAAUAUGUGAUUCCCAAAGUGAGGAAUGCAGACACUGCUUCAGGAUGAUUUUAGGAGUGUGCUAAGUUUCCUCAGUCGUGUCCAGCUCUUUGCAACGCU